UUCCUCUGUUCUGCGAGUUUACGAAGUUCAGCUCCUUCAACAAUGGCUCCCAAAUCUUCAAAAUUCCUCGAGCGCUUCCGCUACGAUCUGCUCUUGGGAUCCAUAGUCGCAUUUUAUGCCUUUAUGGUGCCUUACACAAAAGUUGAAGAGAGCUUCAACGUUCAGUAAUUUUCAGGCAAUGCACGAUAUUCUAUAUCAUCGGCAGCAUAUCGACAAUUAUGAUCACUUGGAGUUCCCCGGAGUGGUUCCUCGCACUUUUAUUGGUGCACUUUUUGUAUCAUUGCUAGCAUCUCCAUUUGUACUGGUCAUAAACUUGGUGCACUUGCCCAAAAUAUAUGGGCUUUUAGCAGUUCGCAUAGUAUUAGGCUGUGUUGUACUGUCAACGUUACGUUUCUUCCGUAUUCAGAUUCAGAACAAAUUUGGACAUCAAGUGGAAGCUUUUUAUAUAAUACUCACCGCAAUCCAGUUUCAUAUGCUGUUCUAUGCUACCCGGCCUCUUCCUAAUAUCUUAGCUCUUUGUGCAGUGAACAUGGUGUAUGGAUAUUGGCUCAAAGGGAGCUCCUAUGCAGCAUUGAGUUGCUUGAUAUUUGCUACAAUCAUCUUCAGAUGUGACAUGCUGUUACUUCUUUGCCCUCUUGGCUUGGAGUUUUUGGUGAUCAAAUCAAUAUUAUUUUGGAGGGCACUAAAGCGCUGUAUUGGUGUUGCUUUGUUGUGCAUAGGUCUUACAGUUUACAUUGAUUCAAUAUUCUGGAAAAAAUUAAUGUGGCCUGAAUUUCAUGUUUUCUGGUUCAACUCUGUUCUAAAUCGAAGUUCAGAAUGGGGUACCCACCCUGUGCAUUGGUAUUUCACUUCUGCACUUCCACGAUCAUUACUUGCUGGAUAUCCACUUUUUCUGCUCGGUGUCUUUCUUGACAAGAGAGUAUUGCCUUUCAUUCUCCCAGUUUUGUGCUUCAUAUUACUUUACUCUAAGCUUCCUCACAAGGAGCUCCGCUUCAUUAUUAGUUCGGUUCCAAUGUUCAACCUAUCUGCAGCAAUUGCAGCCAACAGAAUAUACAACAAUAAAAAGAAGACCUUUUGGAAGUUGCUUUAUCUUAUUAUGCUGGGACUACUUCUAAUCAGUCUAGGGUGCACCGUCAUAACAUUCUUGGCGUCAUAUGAGAACUAUCCAAGCGGCUAUGCAUUGAAAGAGUUGCAUCGGACUGGCUGUCUAUCCAACUCUGAUGAGCAGUGGGUUCAUAUUGACACAUUUUCAGCCAUGAAUGGAAUUUCACGCUUUUGUGAAAAUGAUUUACCAUGGAGGUAUUCCAAGGAAGAAGACAUUCCAUUGAAUGAACUACGCCUGAAAAAUUUCACCUAUCUUGUUAAUGAGCAUGCAGUUAUUGACGGAUUCAAUUGCUUAUUUUCCAUAAGCGGGUUUUCGAGGUUGCGCCUUCAAAUUGGAUUUCCACCUAUUUUAGUGGUGACAGAACCAAAAGUUUAUGUUCAUGGUAACUCUGAGAAUAUGGAUCUCUUCCAUAAAAAUUGGCCGGGAUGCUGAUGUAAAGUAAGAACCAAAAGUUCCCUUCUCCUUGCCUUCCGUAUAGAAGUUACCAUCAAUUAAACUGUAUGAAAUCUGGUUUGAACACUCGGUUCCUUCUAGGCAAUUUUUUUUUUUUUUUUUUUUUUUGGAUAUAGUUGAGUUGCAUUAAAUAACCCUCAUUUAGUUUACUGGUUCUUGUACGACACUUUAAAUUUUAUUUUCUAGAUACUUGUAAUUAUAAUAUUUUCUGUAAACUAACUUCUGUCAACCUCAUGAAUUGCCCGCACACAAAAGCAAGUACAAGUUUUACAGAUAUUUUCAAUUUAA